AUGGCUAGUUUGAAUCUACGUACUUCAGCGCAUGCCGCAAUUGUGCGCAUUGGCAAAAUGACUGAAGCAGCUAAUUACGAUCCGGACAGUAUGGAGUGCGAUGUGAUUCGCGCACAGUUGGACAAACAUUUUGAAAGGUUUAUGGAGUAUCAUACGGACCUGGUGUCUUCAGCACAAUCCAGCGAAUUGACCACACAUGACGACUUCUUGGCUGCUACGGAGUUACUCUACACGCAAAUAUGUAUUCGACUACGUCGUAUAUGUGGCGCUGGUGAAGGUGGUAUUUGUGUGGCGAAUCAAUUGGACAUGCGAUUAGAUCCAAUUAAGAUUCCUGUUUUCAAUGGUGAUCCAGCGAAUUGGCUGCCUUUCAAAGAUUUGUUCGAGGCACUAGUUCACAAUCGGAAGGAUCUGAAUUCCAGUUACAAAUUAAGCAAGUUACGCCAACAUGUCAAUGCAGACAGCGUACCAUUGGUCGGUGGACUUUAUACAGGCGGUUAUGAGGACAUGUGGCAGGAGAUGAAACGGCGGUUUGAUAAUCCACGUUUGUUAGUGGAACCUCACGUGCAGCGUAUACUGAAUUUGCCCAACCAACCCACCGAAUCCCAGAAGGGCUUGCUUCGACUAGUUGACACCGUCCAAAAUGUGAUGCGAGCUUUAAGCGUUAUGGGUCUUCCGGUAAAUCAUUGGGACGCCCUCUUGGUGCCACUUUUGCUACCGAAAUUGCCCACAAUCACCAUGUAUGAGUGGGGGAUGAGCCUUCAGACGAACAACAUACCAAUGGCUCAGGAUUUUUUGACAUUUAUUGAGAAGCGUGCCAACAAUUUGCCUCAAGGAGCUACGAACAGUACAUCAACUCUUCAUCAGAGACCAACCCGUCCCGUUAAGGCUAACGUUGCAACGGUAAACUCAUCUCAGCCGUUACAUUCAGUGAAAAGGGUUACGGUAUUUUGCCAACUUUGCGCAAACGGACACCGAAUACACAAGUGUCAACGGUUCGUUAAUCUUUCCAUACCGGAACGGUGUCAUCAUCGCCAUCAUACGAUGCUUUGCAAAAUCAACGUUGCGAAUAAUUCACCGGCUACGGAGGAAGACACCAACAGUCACAUAAUCGAUCGGAAUAUACCCGUGGACACACCUUCAACACAGGUGCCACAGGUAUACCCACGACAGCAGUGA